AUGAUUUUCAAUCAGACUACUGAAGUUGGUAGCCAAAUUACGAUCCAAACCGCUGGCGAAACACUCCCCUCUCGUAUUUACUGUAAAAUUGCCGAUGAUAAUGACAAUGAGGUUCAAAACAUUCAAUUCGACACCGAUGGAAAGACGCAAUUAUUUCUUAAGGACAGCUUUGGUAUGCUGCGACUUGUUUCGUGCUCCCAUGAAAAUCAGCCACUACAAGUUUGCUCUGUUCCAGUUGAAUAUACGUAUACCGUGUCAAAUCAAGGUGAUGCCCCAGUGAAUAUGACCAAUGUCGGUAGAGCAAGGGGUCAGAGCGCCACAAGGCUACUCAAUAGGAUGGAAGAUGGAACUCUUCAACCAGGUGAAUCAACUGUGCUCUCGGAGACUGAUUCAGUGGACAUGUGUGAGUCUGGACUGCGUGAAACUGUGAUUGUUGUUGAAGCGGAUGGAGAAAAUGGAAAGCCUUGUUAUAGCCUCGAGCAAUACGUAUUCUCUGUUGAAGACCAUUGUCGCGCAGACAUCGAUAUUUCCUGUACGGCCGAUGAUGGCAUUGCGUGUACGGAUCUCACCCAAAGGACAAGCAAUUGUACGGUUUAUGUUACGUAUUCAAUCAACAUCUCCAAUUUUGGAUCGCAAGAAAUGUCCGUAGCGCACCUCGGUAUGAAGAAUGAUGGAACAAUGAUGACACAAGACAACGCCGAGAGAACAGUUCAACCCGGUAGCAGAGCAAGCGUCGAGAACACUGCUGUCAUAGACUUGUGCGCGUCGGGAAAUUAUGAUGUUUCCACUACUAUUGCAGCAUUGGCAUCGGGGGAUGGCAGCUGUGUGUACUCUGCUUCCUAUCUUUUCGAUAUCAUCGCAACUGCACUACCAACGUUCUCUCCAAGCUCUGAACCCUCGAUGUCGCCAUCAAUAUCAGCAGGUCCAACCUCGAAACCGUCGUUGGUGCAGAGCAGCAUACCCAGUGAUUAUCCUACGGACACAAAGCAACCCAGUUUCCUCCCAUCAAAUGGACCGUCUGAAUCACCGACAGCAAGACCAAGCUUGAUUUCAUCUCAAACUCCGACUGGAUCCCCCAGUCAUGUUCCAACUAGCGUCCCUUCGAAGAAACCAUCACACUCACCUACUUCAGUACCGAGCACGACGCCUACAGCCUCCCACUAUCCUUCGAUAAUGCCUUCUGGAUCAAGAUACCCGUCUUCAAAUCCAAGUGUGACUUCUAGUCCAAGCCAAAGUCCAACAGACACCAAGCAACCUAGCAUUUCUCCUUCAAAUGGACCGUCUACAUCGCCAACAGGAAGACCAAGUGAGAGCCCGUCGCGAAGUCCAACUGAAUCUCCCAGUGACAUUCCAACUGGAGACCCUUCAAAGGAAUCAUCACAUUUACCAACUGAGGUAACGAGCACGCCGCCUACAGUCUCCCACUAUCCUUCAAUAAUGCCUUCGGGAUCAAGAUACCCGUCUUCGAGACCAAGUGUGACUUCAAGUCCAAGUCCAAGUCCAACAGACACCAACCUACCUAGUAUUUCUCCUUCAAAUGGACUAAUUACAUCGCCAACCGAAGGAUUGAGCACAAAACCUUCUGGACGACCGUCCAAUUCCCCAAGCAUUUUACCCACGCCUACACCCUCUCAUAAGCUCACUGGAGUGCCAUCCGAGACACCAAGUUCUUAUCCUUCGGAUUCGCCUACCGAAAGUCCAAGUACAAGACCAAGCUUGAUACCUACGAUAUCUGCCCAUCCAAGUAUCAUGCCUUCGGGGAGUAGAUACCCUAGUUUUUUUCCUAGCUUGACUUCCAUCCCAAGCGGGAAUCCAACUAAAAGUCAGACACCGAGUUCGUUUCCUUCGACGGGCGCAUCAGGUUCACCAUCUUUUGUUCUUUCAACACAGCCAUCGGCUUCACAAUCAGGGAGACCGUCAGUAUUUGUGAGCGCUUUACCGACAAAUUUUCGAUCCCAUAAACCUACAAUAUCCCCUUCAAAAAGACCAAGCCUAUUUCCUUCCAGCGAGCCUUCUGAAAGUCCGAGCAGCAAACCUACCUUUGCGCCGACUUCGACAUUCGAACCUUCAAUGUUGCCUACACCCGAUCCACUCAAAGCCGUGUGUGAGCUGAGUGCAAGCGUGUCCUGCCAGAAACAGGGUGGUGGGUCAUGCGAAAGCAUAACAUCUCCCGAUGAGAAAACAUGCAUCGGAUCCACCCCAGAAGAGCUGUCUUUUACCUAUGUGCCAUCAUCGAAAUGCUCUGGAACCAACACUCAAAAUACCUUUUCAUGCCUUGAUUUCAGUGGCGACAAGCCGUUUGAUGUCUACGUCCAGUUUUUUGCGAGCUCCGAGACUCUUUACGAGGGUGUUGUACACGGCGGAGAGGUCUUUAAGGUAAACAUUCCUUCGGAUACCACAAACGUCCAGAUAACGAUUUCGACCGUUAGCAACCUGAGAGGAGUGGGUUCAGUCAUGCAGAUUCUAUCGAUGGGUGUUCAGUGCACAGACGAAGACCAACUUACGCUACUUGACACAUAUGGAAGCCUCCAAUUGACGGGUUUCAAGAAUGCUGAGAUGGGAGAUCAACAAGUCUUUACGAACGUUGAAAUUACAUACAAAGCAACAAAUACAGGUGCAUUUGACGCCAAUCUUUCAAAGGCAACCGUUACGAGUCCGUUUUCUGGAAUGUAUGAGGCUCUUCCCGAUGGUGAGGUGAAGCUACUCGAACCUGGAGCUAGCCAGACCUUCACCGAGUCAUUUCUCUUGAACAUUGCGGCAGUUGCAGGUGUUAUGUAUGAAUUUGAUUUUGUUGUCGAAGGAGAGGGUACUAUAAGCGGCCUGGCGUGCACCCAGGAGAUGGCAAAUUCACUGCAAGUACAGACAACGUCACCCAGUACAGCACCAACCCCCGUUCCUUCGAACAAGCCGUCAGUACAUCCAUCCAUUUCACCUACUCAGGAACCAAGCUCAGCACCAACGGUUUCUCACUCUCCUUCGAUAAUGCCUUCUGGAUCGAGAUACCCUUCUGCGAAUCCAACUGCGACGUUUGCUCCCUCUAGUACGCCUACGAUGACACAGAAGCCCAGUUCUUUGCCGUCAACAGGACCAUCUAAUUCACCGACAACAGUACCCAGCUCAGGCCCGUCUCAAAGUCCAACUGGAUCACCCAGUGAUCUUCCCACUAGCGUUCCUUCAAAAGAACCAUCACAUUUGCCUACUCGGGUACCAAGCUCGACGCCAACGGUCUCUCACUCGCCUUCGAUCAUGCCAUCAGGAUCUAGAUACCCUUCUGCCAACCCAACUACGACAUUUGUUCCAUCUGGUUCUCCUACGAUGACGCAGCAACCCAGUUCUUCCCCAUCAAAUGGACCAACUGCAUUUCCGACUGCAAGACCGAGCAUGAGUCCGUCGCCAAGUCCAACAGGGACCCCCAGUCAUGGGCCUAGUAGUGUCCCUUCAAUGGAACCAUCACAACUACCAACUCAGGAACCAAGCUCAGCACCAACGGUUUCUCACUCUCCUUCGAUAAUGCCUUCUGGAUCGAGAUACCCUUCUGCGAAUCCAACUGCGACAUUUGCUCCCUCUAGUACGCCUACGAUGACACAGAAGCCCAGUUCUUUGCCGUCAACGGGACCAUCUAAUUCACCGACAACAGUACCCAGCUCAGGCCCGUCUCAAAGUCCAACUGGAUCACCCAGUGAUCUUCCCACUAGCGUUCCUUCAAAAGAACCAUCACAUUUGCCUACUCGGGUACCAAGCUCGACGCCAACGGUCUCUCACUCGCCUUCGAUCAUGCCAUCAGGAUCUAGAUACCCUUCUGCCAACCCAACUACGACAUUUGUUCCAUCUGGUCCUCCUACGAUGACGCAGCAACCCAGUUCUUCCCCAUCAGAUGGACCAACUGCAUUUCCGACUGCAAGACCGAGCAUGAGUCCGUCGCCAAGUCCAACAGGGACCCCCAGUCAUGGGCCUAGUAGUGUCCCUUCAAUGGAACCAUCACAACUACCAACUCAGGAACCAAGCUCAGCACCAACGGUUUCUCACUCUCCUUCGAUAAUGCCUUCUGGAUCGAGAUACCCUUCUGCGAAUCCAACUGCGACAUUUGCUCCCUCUAGUACGCCUACGAUGACACAGAAGCCCAGUUCUUUGCCGUCAACAGGACCAUCUAAUUCACCGACAACAGUACCCAGCUCAGGCCCGUCUCAAAGUCCAACUGGAUCACCCAGUGAUCUUCCCACUAGCGUUCCUUCAAAAGAACCAUCACAUUUGCCUACUCGGGUACCAAGCUCGACGCCAACGGUCUCUCACUCGCCUUCGAUCAUGCCAUCAGGAUCUAGAUACCCUUCUGCCAACCCAACUACGACAUUUGUUCCAUCUGGUUCUCCUACGAUGACGCAGCAACCCAGUUCUUCCCCAUCAAAUGGACCAACUGCAUUUCCGACUGCAAGACCGAGCAUGAGUCCGUCGCCAAGUCCAACAGGGACCCCCAGUCAUGGGCCUAGUAGUGUCCCUUCAAUGGAACCAUCACAACUACCAACUCAGGAACCAAGCUCAGCACCAACGGUUUCUCACUCUCCUUCGAUAAUGCCUUCUGGAUCGAGAUACCCUUCUGCGAAUCCAACUGCGACAUUUGCUCCCUCUAGUAUGCCUACGAUGACACAGAAGCCCAGUUCUUUGCCAUCAACAGGACCAUCUAAUUCACCGACAACAGUACUCAGCUCAGGCCCGUCUCAAAGUCCAACUGGAUCACCCAGUGCACAGCCAUCGGCAAUACCGUCGGAAAGUCCGAGCAUCAAAGCAAGUUCAGGUCCGUCUUUGACAUUCGAACCUUCAAUGUUGCCUACAUCCGAUCCACUCAAAGCCGUGUGUGAGCUGAGUGCAAGCGUGUCCUGCCAGAAACAGGGUGGUGGGUCAUGCGAAAGCAUAACAUCUCCCGAUGAGAAAACAUGCAUCGGAUCCACCCCAGAAGAGCUGUCUUUUACCUAUGUGCCAUCAUCGAAAUGCUCUGGAACCAACACUCAAAAUACCUUUUCAUGCCUUGAUUUCAGUGGCGACAAGCCGUUUGAUGUCUACGUCCAGUUUUUUGCGAGCUCCGAGACUCUUUACGAGGGUGUUGUACACGGCGGAGAGGUCUUUAAGGUAAACAUUCCUUCGGAUACCACAAACGUCCAGAUAACGAUUUCGACCGUUAGCAACCUGAGAGGAGUGGGUUCAGUCAUGCAGAUUCUAUCGAUGGGUGUUCAGUGCACAGACGAAGACCAACUUACGCUACUUGACACAUAUGGAAGCCUCCAAUUGACGGGUUUCAAGAAUGCUGAGAUGGGAGAUCAACAAGUCUUUACGAACGUUGAAAUUACAUACAAAGCAACAAAUACAGGUGCAUUUGACGCCAAUCUUUCAAAGGCAACCGUUACGAGUCCGUUUUCUGGAAUGUAUGAGGCUCUUCCCGAUGGUGAGGUGAAGCUACUCGAACCUGGAGCUAGCCAGACCUUCACCGAGUCAUUUCUCUUGAACAUUGCGGCAGUUGCAGGUGUUAUGUAUGAAUUUGAUUUUGUUGUCGAAGGAGAGGGUACUAUAAGCGGCCUGGCGUGCACCCAGGAGAUGGCAAAUUCACUGCAAGUACAGACAACGUCACCCAGUACAGCACCAACCCCCGUUCCUUCGAACAAGCCGUCAGUACAUCCAUCCAUUUCACCUACUCAGGAACCAAGCUCAGCACCAACGGUUUCUCACUCUCCUUCGAUAAUGCCUUCUGGAUCGAGAUACCCUUCUGCGAAUCCAACUGCGACGUUUGCUCCCUCUAGUACGCCUACGAUGACACAGAAGCCCAGUUCUUUGCCGUCAACAGGACCAUCUAAUUCACCGACAACAGUACCCAGCUCAGGCCCGUCUCAAAGUCCAACUGGAUCACCCAGUGAUCUUCCCACUAGCGUUCCUUCAAAAGAACCAUCACAUUUGCCUACUCGGGUACCAAGCUCGACGCCAACGGUCUCUCACUCGCCUUCGAUCAUGCCAUCAGGAUCUAGAUACCCUUCUGCCAACCCAACUACGACAUUUGUUCCAUCUGGUUCUCCUACGAUGACGCAGCAACCCAGUUCUUCCCCAUCAAAUGGACCAACUGCAUUUCCGACUGCAAGACCGAGCAUGAGUCCGUCGCCAAGUCCAACAGGGACCCCCAGUCAUGGGCCUAGUAGUGUCCCUUCAAUGGAACCAUCACAACUACCAACUCAGGAACCAAGCUCAGCACCAACGGUUUCUCACUCUCCUUCGAUAAUGCCUUCUGGAUCGAGAUACCCUUCUGCGAAUCCAACUGCGACAUUUGCUCCCUCUAGUACGCCUACGAUGACACAGAAGCCCAGUUCUUUGCCGUCAACGGGACCAUCUAAUUCACCGACAACAGUACCCAGCUCAGGCCCGUCUCAAAGUCCAACUGGAUCACCCAGUGAUCUUCCCACUAGCGUUCCUUCAAAAGAACCAUCACAUUUGCCUACUCGGGUACCAAGCUCGACGCCAACGGUCUCUCACUCGCCUUCGAUCAUGCCAUCAGGAUCUAGAUACCCUUCUGCCAACCCAACUACGACAUUUGUUCCAUCUGGUCCUCCUACGAUGACGCAGCAACCCAGUUCUUCCCCAUCAGAUGGACCAACUGCAUUUCCGACUGCAAGACCGAGCAUGAGUCCGUCGCCAAGUCCAACAGGGACCCCCAGUCAUGGGCCUAGUAGUGUCCCUUCAAUGGAACCAUCGCAGCUACCAACUCAGGAACCAAGCUCAGCACCAACGGUUUCUCACUCUCCUUCGAUAAUGCCUUCUGGAUCGAGAUACCCUUCUACGAAUCCAACUGCGACAUUUGCUCCCUCUAGUACGCCUACGAUGACACAGAAGCCUAGUUCUUUGCCGUCAACAGGACCAUCUAAUUCACCGACAACAGUACCCAGCUCAGGCCCGUCUCAAAGUCCAACCGGAUCACCCAGUGCACAGCCAUCGGCAAUACCGUCCGAAAGUCCGAGCAUCAAAGCAAGUUCAGGUCCGUCUUUGACAUUCGAACCUUCAAUGUUGCCUACAUCCGAUCCACUCAAAGCCGUGUGUGAGCUGAGUGCAAGCGUGUCCUGCCAGAAACAGGGUGGAGGAUCGUGUCAAACACUGAUGUCCCCUGGCGAUUCGUCUUGCAGAGGAUCCUCCCCAGAGGAGCUGUCGUUUACCUAUGUGCCAUCAUCGAAAUGCUCUGGAACCAACACUCAAAAUACCUUUUCAUGCCUUGAUUUCAGUGGCGACAAGCCGUUUGAUGUCUACGUCCAGUUUUUUGCGAGCUCCGAGACUCUUUACGAGGGUGUUGUACACGGCGGAGAGGUCUUUAAGGUAAACAUUCCUUCGGAUACCACAAACGUCCAGAUAACGAUUUCGACCGUUAGCAACCUGAGAGGAGUGGGUUCAGUCAUGCAGAUUCUAUCGAUGGGUGUUCAGUGCACAGACGAAGACCAACUUACGCUACUUGACACAUAUGGAAGCCUCCAAUUGACGGGUUUCAAGAAUGCUGAGAUGGGAGAUCAACAAGUCUUUACGAACGUUGAAAUUACAUACAAAGCAACAAAUACAGGUGCAUUUGACGCCAAUCUUUCAAAGGCAACCGUUACGAGUCCGUUUUCUGGAAUGUAUGAGGCUCUUCCCGAUGGUGAGGUGAAGCUACUCGAACCUGGAGCUAGCCAGACCUUCACCGAGUCAUUUCUCUUGAACAUUGCGGCAGUUGCAGGUGUUAUGUAUGAAUUUGAUUUUGUUGUCGAAGGAGAGGGUACUAUAAGCGGCCUGGCGUGCACCCAGGAGAUGGCAAAUUCACUGCAAGUACAGACAACGUCACCCAGUACAGCACCAACCCCCGUUCCUUCGAACAAGCCGUCAGUACAUCCAUCCAUUUCACCUACUCAGGAACCAAGCUCAGCACCAACGGUUUCUCACUCUCCUUCGAUAAUGCCUUCUGGAUCGAGAUACCCUUCUGCGAAUCCAACUGCGACGUUUGCUCCCUCUAGUACGCCUACGAUGACACAGAAGCCCAGUUCUUUGCCGUCAACAGGACCAUCUAAUUCACCGACAACAGUACCCAGCUCAGGCCCGUCUCAAAGUCCAACUGGAUCACCCAGUGAUCUUCCCACUAGCGUUCCUUCAAAAGAACCAUCACAUUUGCCUACUCGGGUACCAAGCUCGACGCCAACGGUCUCUCACUCGCCUUCGAUCAUGCCAUCAGGAUCUAGAUACCCUUCUGCCAACCCAACUACGACAUUUGUUCCAUCUGGUCCUCCUACGAUGACGCAGCAACCCAGUUCUUCCCCAUCAGAUGGACCAACUGCAUUUCCGACUGCAAGACCGAGCAUGAGUCCGUCGCCAAGUCCAACAGGGACCCCCAGUCAUGGGCCUAGUAGUGUCCCUUCAAUGGAACCAUCGCAGCUACCAACUCAGGAACCAAGCUCAGCACCAACGGUUUCUCACUCUCCUUCGAUAAUGCCUUCUGGAUCGAGAUACCCUUCUGCGAAUCCAACUGCGACAUUUGCUCCCUCUAGUACGCCUACGAUGACACAGAAGCCCAGUUCUUUGCCGUCAACGGGACCAUCUAAUUCACCGACAACAGUACCCAGCUCAGGCCCGUCUCAAAGUCCAACUGGAUCACCCAGUGCAAAGCCAUCAGGAAAACCGUCUGCCGACCCAAGUUCUCUUCCGACAGGAGUGCCAUCCCGCAAACCAACAACAGCACCAUCCCAAGCACCCAGUCCAAUUCUGUCCGCCAUACCGUCCGAAAGUCCGAGCAGAAAAGCAACUUCAGGUCCGACUGUGACAUUCGAACCUUCAAUGAUACCGUCACCUGAUCCACUCCAAGCCAUUUGCGAAUUUACAGCUGAUGUUACUUGUCAGCAACAGGAUGGAGGAUUUUGUGAAGACCUAGCACCACCAAAGAAUACUACUUGCAUUGGAUCCUCCCCAGAAGAUCUGUCGUUUGUGUAUGUUCCACAAUCAAAGUGUUCCGGAACCAACACGCAAAGCAGCUUUUCGUGCACUGAUUUCAACACCGACAGCCCAUUUUCUGUUUAUGUACAAUUCUUUGAUAGUUCCGACACUCUCUACGAGGGUGUUGUAUCUGGUGGUGAGGUAUUCAAGGUAAAAAUUCCUGCAGAUACCACAAGUGCCCAGAUUACCAUCUCUACUGUCAGUGAUUCAGGGGGAUUGGGAACAGUCUUGCAGAUUUCAUCAAUGAGCGUCCAAUGCACAGAAGGAAAUCAGCUUACGUUGCUUGACACAUAUGGAAGUCUCCAAUUUGCAGGCUUCAAGAAUGCUGAGAUGGGAAAUCAGCAAGUCUAUUCGAAUGUUGAGAUCACGUACACAGCAACAAACACCGGUAGCUUUGACGCCAAUCUGUUGAAGGCAACUGUGACAAGCCCGUUUUCUGGAAGAUACGAAGCACUCCCCGACGAUGCACUGCCAUAUACAGCACCUAGCGAUACUGAGUCCUUUAGAGAGUCUUUCCUCUUGAAUCUUGCAGCAUCAUCAGGUGCAAAAUAUGAAUUCGAUUUUGCCGUUGAAGGGGAGGGUACGCUAAGUGGCCAGGUAUGCAACGAAGACACAUCCUUCUCAAUUCAAAUCCUGUAA